AUGUGGGCUCUAAAUGGCUCAGCACAAGCAUGCUACAAGCUGUCCUUGCGUUGUGCCAAAACGCUUGCCAGUUUCAACUACAUAAUAUGUGAUUGCUGUACUCAUUUGCCUCUCUGGUAAAUAUUGCCUUGAGCCAUGGUACGCAACGUUGAUGAUCUGGACUUCUGCCUCUCUUCACACUCACAAAGCAUUCUCGAAGGACUGCGGUCCCUCUGUCUACAUCCCAAAUUCAUUGACGUGACAUUAAGUGUGGGUGGCCGUGAAUUCCCUUGCCAUCGUAGUGUGUUGGCUCUCUGCAGCCUCUAUUUCCAUUCCAUGUUUUCUGGAAAUUUUGUGGAAAGUAUUGCUGCUAGAGUAGAUCUGCAGGAUGUAGAUCCUGACAUUUUUAGCAUUCUGCUGAAUUUUGCCUACACGGGCAAGCUGACAAUCAACCAAGAGAAUGUGGAGGGAUUAAUCUGCACCUCCAGCCAGCUGCAGUUUCAGACUGUGAGGGCUGUAUGCAGUCGUUAUUUGCAGAAUCAGAUUGAUGCAACUAACUGCUUAGGCAUUCUGGAGUUUGGUGAAAUACAUGGCUGCGCAGAAGUGGUGGCUAAAGCCUGGUGUUUUGUACUGGAGAACUUUGAAGCCGUGGUAGAAGAGGAGGAAUUCUUACUUCUGGGGAAGGAGAGGCUCAUUGCCUGUCUUUCGAAUGAUGGCCUGCAGACUCGGGAUGUGUGCACCUGCGCCAGGGCAGUCCUCUCCUGGGUCAAGCACCAGGCAGACUCACGGCUCACCCACCUCCUAGAGCUGCUCAGUUUGGCCAGACUCUCCCUCUUGCCUCUUGAAUACAUUACAGAAACUCUCUUGAAGGAUAGCUUGAUCUUGAAGAAUCAAAGCUGUAGGGAUGUUGUGGAAGGAGUCCAAAAACAGAUACUGGAUUUACAACCAGGAACUUUAAUAGAGGGAAAUAUGAAAAGUCCACAACCCCACCUGCAGGAAGUAUUGUUUGUCAUGGCAGGCCGCUCCCUGGAUGAUGAUGAAGAAGAGGAGAGAAUGUCAGCUACACCUCCGCGAAACUGUGCUUUCUACAACAAAAGGACAAGCCAAUGGUAUAUACUUCCUGAUUUCCCAGAUUACAACAAGUGGGGUUAUUCUGUGGUCUCGCUGAACAAUGAUGUGUAUAUCACAGGAGGUUCUCGAGGGUCUCAGACGCACACCUGGUCCACCACAGAGACAUGGAAAUAUAUCCCUCGAGAAGGGAAGUGGGUAACAGUGGCUCCAAUGCUAAGGCCAAGAACAAACCAUACUUCAGCAGCGCUGAAUGGAGAAAUUUAUGUCAUUGGUGGCACUACACUGGAUUAUGUAGAAGUGGAACAUUAUGACCCUUACAGCAACAACUGGUGUCUCACUAGACCAGCUCUGAAAUAUGUUACAAACUUUACUGCCAGUGCCUGUGCUGGAAAGUUGUACCUGAUUGGCUCCUGUGCAGUCAAAUAUAAUGCACUCACUAUGCAGUGCUACAACCCCGUUAUUGACAAUUGGAGUAUUAUUUGUUCUCCAUUCAUCCCAAAAUAUCUGUCCUCUCCCCGCUCGGUCUGCUUGGAUGGAAUCAUUUAUUUAAUAGCUGACAACACUAAGAAAGUGUAUUGUUAUGAUCCCAGUGCUAAUAUGUGGCAGAAGGUGCAGUUCCUUCAUACUUUACAUGAGAAUGGAAGCAUCAUAGUGCUAGGAGGCCAGCUGUAUGUAACAGGUGGGCACUGGAAGGGCAUAGAGGGCGAUUAUGGAGUGGAAGUGGAGGCAUACAGCUGUACCUCUAAUAUCUGGCAUGUGGAGUGCAAUCUGCCCAGGCUGUGGUUGUACAGUGGAUCCUGCUCAAUAUUCCUGGACCCUUCCCAAUGGAUGGAGCCUUUCCCUCUCAAUCAGAUGUAACUAAGGGCAAAGGUAAUCAAUUACACAGCUUGUUCAACUGCCCCCAAAGAUAUAAGUACUUUUGUAUGCUCUAGAUUCCCAAGCCCUGGUCCCAGCUGUGUAUAGUAUUCCUGCAAGGCAUGAAACACUGGGGAUUUUGCAGAGGGGUUUAUUUCCAAAAAUAAACUAUAUUUUUUCAAAUAUUUAUGACCCAUGGAAACAGUUAAUGUUAUAUAAUCACCAUUUGAACUACUUGAAGCCCCUGCUUCCACCCUGGCCCUUCUACCAGCUUGUGAAUUUUUUGUACAACAUAAGUUAGUAAGUGAACAUCAAAACGUUGGGAACACUUACUCUAGGUAAUAUUUGCUUAACUAUAACCUCAAAAAUAUAACCUCAAUAAAAAUAAUCAUAAACCAUGUUUCAUGUUUUUAACUACUUUGUUUAUGUCUGAAAACUGAAAUAAACUUUGAAUAGUAUUCAAACUA